AAAUGAGAAUUCACGUGAAAGGCUACUGAUUCUAUUCAAACAUUAUUUAUUUCGACCCGUAGCACACACAUGUGCGUCUCGUAUUUUUAUCAACAAAGCUAACAGAAAGAUUCCCAACAAAGCGCAGUUAGCCAUUUUAAUUCGAUAUUCGUUAAUGGAGCGACCUUGACCUUGAAUGUGAUUGGCAGAAACACUUUAAUCUAUGAUAACUAUGGGAAAUCAGUGGAAAAAAACUAAUUCUAGUUUUUGUGAAACUAGCAAUAAACACAGUGGCGGGAAAUAGUAAAACUUAACGUUUAGUUCGCUGAACUAAGAAUAGUUUGUCAGUUGUUUCUGAUUUUAAAUGGAAAGCAGUGAAGCUAAAAAUCGCUUGGAAAUAUUUUUAUGCGAACGGCCUUGAUUUUAUUAAAUGGAAUAUUUCACGCUUUUUGCUUCGUGUGGGAUCAAAAAUAUGCUUAAAUUGAAGGCUUUUAUUUGCUGCUAAAAUUUCGCCCAAUGAAUUCAUGAAGAAAAAGAAAUGGCUAAAAGAUGAAAAAGUGAUGAAAUAAAAAAUUUUUUUUACACUGAAUUAUUAAUCGGAAAAAAGAUUGAAGGUUAUUGUGAAUCAUGGCCGAUGAUUCGCCAGGAAAAGUUCAAGCUUUGCGUGCUAUGUUUUCUGAAAAAAAUAAUCCAUUAAUGGGAAUGAUGCCACCUGGUGGUAAAUUAUCAAAUAGGCCUUGGAAAGGUGUCGUAGAUACGACAGAAAAUAUAUCCUCACUAAAAGAAAAAAUCAUUCGUGAACAAAAGACUCCACAAUUCAACAAUGCCAAUAAGGUGUUGCCAUUUCCAAUUUCUAAAAACUCCACAACUAAAGGCGACGUAAAUAAAGAAACCAAUGGAGCUGACUUGAAAAUACCAAAUAAAGUUUUACCUAAACCCUAUAUAGGACCAAAACCUACAAAUAUGUCUCAACAAAUUAGGACUAAUUCCACGCUAAGUGCAGUGUCUGAAUCUCAAGAAUUAAUUAUGACUAAUGGAAAUAAAACAAUUAGUGAUAGUCAAGCUCUUCUGAACUCUCAAGCCAAAUCUAAAGUAGUCGCCGAAACUAUCGCCUCUUUUAUGUUUUCCAAUGGUUUUAGUCUUAAAGAAAAUGAAUCUAUGUCAACUAACGCCAAUAACAAAAACAAUCAACCGCCGAUACCAAAGCCAAGAAGCUCUCUAUCGCGAACAAACUUGCAAGACCAGCUUAAUGUGAUAAAUUCUCAAAGUAAUCGAGUGUCAAAGUCUAGUUCCGAUACUUUAAGUGAUAUAAUUAGUUCAGAUAAUUAUAUUUGUAAAAGUAACUGUAACUUUAGACGGAAAGAGCUGCCAUCUUUAGAAUCUCUGGGUCCUGCUCCAGCAAAACCACCAAAACCCUCUCAUAUGGUACUGCCAGCAAAAUAUUGCUCUUCUAACUCUUCUGAAUCGCUUGCAAGUAUUCGAAGUAGUCAACCACCUCAGCAUCCACCUCCUGCAUUACCACAUAAUUUUACACCUCCAGUUCCUCAAAGACCUGGUUAUCCCUGUCCACCAAGGCCUCACACUCCUCCUCCAUUACCCCCUUCACAAAUACCCACAGCCCCUGUCAUCAAACCCAAGCUAUCAUUAAGGGAAGAGAUAGAAGAACUGUACGAAGAUACUCUGUUAGAACAUUGUAGGCGGCCUGUUUCACUUAUACCUGAGUAUACAGAAGAGGAAGAGGCUGAAGAGCUUUAUAAUGAUGCGGAUGACGUCACUACAUUCUCACCUCCAUCAACAUUACUCAUUAAACCAAAAAACCCACCUCCUCCCUGCCCUUCUGAAUACUUACAGCCAAAUGUCCAUAGCUCAACCGAAGAAUUGUAUCAAGACGCUGAAGAUAAAAGAGAGUCUGGAUCUCCAGUGUAUAGCAAUAAUAAAAAAGAAAUCGAAAGGCUCCAAAGAGAAGAAGAGAAGAAAGUACGAAAAGAACAGAAAGAGAAAGAAAAACGGGAAAAAGAACAAGAGAAACUGAGAAGAAAAUUUGGAUUGACAGGUGAAGAAAUCCCUAUUGAUGAUGGUUUAGUCAAGACUGACAGUCGUGGUGGUAAAGGUGACCUUCCUGUGAAAAAAGGUGAAACAGUUCUUAUUUUACGAAUGGAAGGUAACCCAUCUGGAAAAUGGCUUGUUAAAAACGAGAAAGGAAAAAUUGGCUAUGUGGAGUUGGCAAACAUUGAGGUAGAUCCACUCUCCGUUAAAUCUGUGAUGAUAACAAGAAGACAAUCUGUGAUUAGUAUUAAUGAGGAAUUGUAUUGUGAAGCUAGAUCAGAAGAAGAAGAAGGUAUUUAUGAAGUAACUUACUGAAGAUACACUUGGAACUCUUGUUUUGAAAAACAGCACAAGAAAUAUAAAAAGUUUUCUGUUUUUCAUUUAGGAAAAAGCAUUGAAAUGCUUUUUUGAAAAAAUUCAUUCGUUAAAUAAAAUGCAUAUAAUCAGUACAAAAAAAUUGUAAAUA